AGAACCACAGGGAAAACAGUGUAGAGAAGUCUCUCGGUGCGUCAGUGUCGCAGUUCGAUUCACAUCCGCAGUUUGUAACAUCUGAACCUGAACAAGGAAGUGCAGCCAUGGCGCAGGGGCUCCGAGACCGAUUUGACAAGUUCCUCCAUGAGAAGAAUAUCAUGACGGACCUUCUGGAAAAGGUCGAGCAGAAAACGGGAGUGAGCAGGUCGUACAUCGCCAUCGCUGCCAUCGCCAUCAUCUCUGUUUACCUCGUCAUCGGUUAUGGAGCCUCCCUGCUGUGUAACCUCAUCGGCUUUCUUUACCCAGCAUACAUUUCGAUCAAGGCCAUUGAAAGUGCCACCAAAGACGACGACACCAAAUGGCUGACCUACUGGGUGGUGUAUGGAGUCUUCAGUGUGGCAGAGUUCUUUGCUGAUAUCUUCCUCUCCUGGUUCCCAUUCUACUAUAUUGGAAAGGGUGCCUUCUUGGUGUGGUGCAUGGCUCCGACUCCUUCCAACGGAUCGGUCCAGAUCUACACACGCAUCAUUCGACCUAUUUUCCUCAAGAAUGAAGCCAAGAUAGACGAUGUGGUGAAGAACAUCAAGGAAAAGGCAGCAGAUGCUGCUGACAAGUUCAAGGAUGAGGCCAAGAGAGCCACAGCUAACAUCAUCUUUGAGGAGAAGAAGGACUCCUAAGAAGGAUGCACUUGUCUGCUGUCGCCUCUGGAGACGAUUCUGUUGCAGAAGAAAUGUUGCCUUGAACAUGUUCUUGUUCAGUCUGUAACCUUUAUCUUCAUCCAUGCUGUAUUCUGCUGCACAUAUGUCACAUGUAUGAAUGAAGGCCAUCUCCCCCCCAGUCAGUUUACUUUGCCUCGUCAGCUGUCAGAUAACUGACGCGCCUUGUGAACCAAAUAAAGACAAACUUGUUGAA